AUGAAAUGCUCACCAUUCCCAUUCGGAGAUUUCGUGCCAACAUUUUUCGGUCAAGAAUCGCUAGUCUUUCCUCCAUUGACCGACGAACAGCUCAGAAAUCUCAAUGUGGUUCUCGCUGUCAAUCCAUCCGGUAAAGAUGGGGUGAUCUUCGAAACAGCUCGUCGCCCAUCGUUAGCUGGUGAAGAUCCAGCAAUUAUCACACGUACACCGAAUAUCGAGCAUCGAGCACGAAUCGACCAUGGUCUUGUCGUAUAUGAAUUUGACGUCGGUUACGGUCAAGCAGUUUCGCAAUUGAACUCUGGUCCUCCAACCGAGAAGAUUCACCAUCCGACCAAAUUCGAACAAGGCACUAAUGGACCGGUAUUUCUUGGAUCACACAUAGAGGCUACGGACCCCGAGAUGGUACAUCAGGGUUUUAUAGGAGUGAUAAGUUCAAUGACUGUGUCCGGAGAGCCCGUAGAUCUAGGAACCGUGGCACGAUCGCCUGACAUGGUGUCGCACGAUUCUUGCCAGCACGGCCUCUGCUUGCAUUUCUCUCGUUGCCGAAAUGCCAACAAUCCAAAGGGUUACGAGUGCGUCUGUCCGAUAGAGUACGCUGGUGAGCACUGUGAGAGGAGAUCUUCCUUCUGUAGAAACGAGGACUGUAAUUCUGGUAUAUGUGAAGAGGACGGGGAUACCUGGUACUGUGUCUGUCCAUUAAACGCCACUGGAUUACGAUGUGAAGUACCAGUGCAAUCUUCAGUAAGCGAUAUAGGCUUUAAAGCCGAUACGUCCUUUAUGGCAAUGCCUAGUCCGAAAAGUUUGGAUCAUUUCCAGGUCUCCAUGGAUCUCAAACCUGAAGACGUGGAACACAAUCGUAUGCUGUUAUAUGUAGCGUCCGACUACGAUCCUGAAUCCAAGAAACAUAUGAGUGUUUCUGUCUCAGACGGUUCCAUCGUAUACUCUUAUAGCGAUGGAGAAGGUCGUGAAGAAAUACGAACUGCACCGAUAGAACCUGGUGUUGAGUACACAGUAGUACUAUCUCGCAACGACUCCACAACUUCACUAUUUAUAAAUCAACAGAUGUACGAACGAAAGAAUGAAAUGAAGACAUUCGAACCAGGCACCGACCUUUUCGUAGGUGGCCUGCCACCUGGACUCGACGUGCCAGAUGACGUCCCUGCCACUUCUUUCUUUGGAUGUAUUAACAAGAUAAAUGUAGACGGGGUGGAGCUGGACUUCAACAAUCAAUCUAUGUUCUCUUCUGGCGACAUUUCUCAGUGUGUCAUGGCCGAGGAGGUGUUCCCCACGAAGAUAUUCACCACCGAAGCGCCACCAACGACAGAGUUAACCACGACAGAGGAAGUAGUUCACAUCUACAACACUGUCAAAGACUCUGAUGCUCCUGAACCGAUAAUACCGACAGUGGAUGAGACCGAAGAAGAAGCAGAAGAA